AUGUCUUCAGGCCUCAACAUUGAAAACACAAACAUCAAGACUGCUCCUGGAGUUACUCUGGAAGAGCAGCAAAAGACAUUGGUGGGAAGCGUGCUUGAUCUCUUUGCCGGUCGCCCCAGUCUGGAGAAGCUGCAGCUUUGGAAGGAUGAAGGUGUNUUUGAGGAUCCUAUCACUAUUGCUGAGGGCAGAAAGCAGUAUGAGGCACAGUGGUCGGCGUUCAGCGAAAUCGAGAGACUGGACCAUGAGGUCACUUCCAGCGGCAACCCCAUCAGCAUGAACAUGAAGACUCGCUACAAGGUCAAGGGCAUUGGCAUGGAGCAGACCAUCUCGUCGGUAGUCAACAUUUUCCACGAGGGCGGCAAGAUUACCAAGGUGCAGGACAAGUGGAAUGGCAAUCUUCCCGAGGGCGCCAUUGCAAAUGCUUUCCGCAACCUCAACUCGGUCACAGUACCCAAGAUCAUCUCAGUCCCUAAGAACAAGGAAGAGGAUGCUGCAAGAGGCAACUAG